GUUUGCUUUUCGACCAUGUAGUACUUAUAGCUCUACCCAGAGCCUUUCUGUCAACGAACUCCGUCGCCUGCCGUAUCUGCCACAUCUUCUUGAACAAGGGCUUUGCGAUGAGCCAACGUACAGGAUGGAAUAUUGCCUCGGCAGUGAACGUUCGCAACCCGAUUCUUGACGCUCUCGUCGACAUAGACACGACGCCGAAGACCGACAAACCCUUUAUUAGUCUUGCGCUAGGCGAUCCCACCAAGAAUCCGCUCCUCCAGCCCCAUCCUGACGUCGUCGAAGCCGUUGCCUCUGCACUACGCAGCGGUCAGUUCAAUGGAUAUGGACCGCAUGAAGGACUUUCAAUAGCUCGAGCCGCCGUUGCGGAGUACCAGAACCGCCAAGCGGCAGGACGGGGGGUGCCGGGCGUCAACGUCAAAUACGAAACGAAGGACGUCACCAUGGCGAACGGUGCAUCCGAGGCGCUCGAUAUUGUUAUCAGCGCACUUUGUCCACCGGGAAGCAACAUCCUCUUUCCCCGACCUGGCUUUGCGUAUAGUGUGGUGACGGAUGCGAGGCAUAUAGAGGAUCGCUACUACAAUCUUGUGCCCGAACGGGAAUGGGAGGUAGAUCUUGAGCAGCUGGAAUCGCUCAUUGAUGGGAAAACGCAGGCUAUCGUGGUUACAAAUCCUUCCAACCCCUGUGGUUCGAAUUAUACAGUCAAACACCUUCUCGAGAUCGUCGAAAUUGCCAAGCGACACUUCCUUCCCGUCAUAACUGACGAGAUCUACGGAGACAUCGUGUUCGAUGAUCAAAUUUUCCAUCCACUCGCGUCCAUCUCAACAGAUGUGCCCGUAAUCACAAUAGGCGGUCUUGCGAAGCGGUGGCUUGUCCCGGGAUGGCGUAUAGGUUGGGUCGCCAUUCACGAUCCCAACGACCUUUUGAACGUGAAAAAGUUCGACCUCCGUACUAUCCUCAAGGAUAUCUCGCAAUUAUCACUCGCCCCGUCCGGUUUCACACAAGCAGCGUUGCCCACGAUUCUCAACAAGACGCCACCUGAGUUCUACACCCACGUGCUUAACGUUUUGAAAGAGAAUGUCGCGCUGCUGAUGGAAAAGCUGGGCGCGAUCGAAGGGUUGAAGGUGGUAACCCCUCGCGGAUCCUUGUAUCUUAUGGUGGGCAUUGAAUCGACGGCCUUCGAAGAUAUCAAAGACGAGUGGGACUUUGUGCAGAAACUUGUCUGGGAAGAAGCUGUGUUCCCGGUCCCAGGUCGUUGUUUCCGUUACGACGGCUACAUGCGGAUCGUCACGGCUACCAGGAAGGACCACCUUGAGGAAGCAUGCAUACGACUGAAGGCUUUCUGUGAUAGACAUAGGAGGAAGGUGUGAACCGCGUUCCGACAAAUUGUACGAUGAUGCGCGUCACGAAUACACAUUCCAAGCACUUAUCACGAC